AUGGUCCGCGACGACGGAUUCGCCGCUGCGCCGCAGAUGCAGCAGCACCACGGCAGCAUGUCCGCCUCGCGCCACCACCAGCCCCAGCAGCAACCGCUCGGCUCGUCCUCGGCCGGGCGUGAGGUUCUCGGGGAGGGAUCCUUCAUGGGGCGAGGCUACAGCAUCAAGCGGUGUCAAGGGUUCGUGAGGUGCGACAUGGACAUCGACGCUGAGGUGGUCGGAUGGGUCAUCGGAAAAAAUGGUAGCACAAUCAAGGACAUGAAGCACAAGACCGGGUGCAACAUGUGGGUGGACCAGCGCGCGCUCAAGCUCACCAUCACCGGCCCGGACCUGCCCUCGGUCGAGCACGCCGCCAAGUCGGUCGACGCCUACGUUGCGGCCGCGCCGAUCAAGGCCGGCGCCGUGGAGGCGGCGGUGACCAAGACCAUCGAGUGCCCGCCCCAGCUGCUCGACGACCUCGGGGACCGCACCACGAUCGCCCGCAUCGUCAAGGAGACCCACGCCCAGGUGGUGGUGAACAAGAAGAUCGGCCGCAUCAUCGUGCGCGGGGACCACCGCUCCGUCGACCUCGCCUACGAGAGCGUCCGGGCCAUGAUCCACAACGCCGUCCACGGAAGCUACGGCCUCGGCCUCCGGGUCAGCACCCCCGACAGCCACGGCUCCUUCGGCGUUGGCGGCGGGGCCGGCGGUGGCGGCGGCGGCGGGGCGGGGUACUUCCCGGAUGGCGCCAUGAGCAGCAGCGGCCGCGGCGGAGGCGGCGGUGACAUGCGGUCUCCUCUCGUCAGCGGCGCGGUGGCCGGGGCGGCGGCGGGAAUGCACCACCUGAUGCUCCCCUCCACGGCCGGCGGCGCCGGCGGCAGCUCCCACGCCGACCCGGACUUGCACCACCUCGCCGCCCCCGACUAUCGCCACGCGCGCGACACCGCCGAGUUCCACCACCUGGCCACGUGGCAACAGGAGCAGCAGCAGCUGGAGCUCAAGUCGGAGCACUCGCACCAGCCGCUGCAGCGCCACCACCACCACCACCACCACCACCACGGGCGCGGGGUGGGCUCCGACACGGACGACUCCGAGAUCGAGACGGUGUCCCUCGGGUCCAUCGGCGCGCGCACCCCCGUGAGCUCCACCGCGGGCUCCCCGCGCGUGGUGGGGUCGUACAACACCAGCCCCGCCCUGUCCGGCACGGCGUCCACGCCCGUCGGCGACUGGUCCCUCUUCUCCGGCGGCUUCGGCAUCGGCAUGGCUGCCCUCCAGGAGGGGGAGUCGUCUACCUCGCGCUCCAGCACCCCGACCACCGCCCGCACCACCCCGCGCGUCCACUUCCCCGAGGGCCUCCGCGCCCUCGUCGGCGGCGCCGGGCGCGCCUCCGCCGCCUCCGCGGGCGACCUUGCGGUCCUCAAGGGCUCGGGGCUGCUGUCUCCCGCUAGCGCCGCCGACGGCAACAGCGGUGGCGGCGGCAGCAACGGCGGCGGCGGCGGCAAGCCAGCGGGAUCGCUCGCGCCCCCGCCGUCGCCGGCGUUGACGGCCGGCGGCGAGGCCUCCCGCAGGAUGGCCGGGCUGCCGGUGCCGGAGGCCCAGGUGCUGAGCGCGCUGGAGGGGCAGACGUCCGACGGCGAGGAGGAGGAGGAGGAGGAGCAGGAGGGAUCGGCGGGGGCGGGGGCGGCGGCGGCGGCGGGCGGAGGCGGGGAGGACAUCUCGGACAAGGUCGCGCGCCUGGGGAAGGUUCUCCAGACGAUGGGGCUCGGGAAGUACUGUCCCAAGUUCGCCGAGAACGAGGUGGACCUCGAGGCCCUGGGCCUGAUGAGCGAGAGCGACCUGGCUGACAUCGGGAUCCCCAAGGGCCCGAGGCUGAAGAUCCUGAACGCCGUGGGCGCCCGUGCGGCGGCGGCGACGAACCACGCCCCGGCCGUUUGAAGUCGUCAUGAUCCUGAGACGGCUGAAGCCGAAAGGAGAACAACUUUGCAACAUGGAAAUGAAAAGGAGGAGGAGGAGGAGGAAUGGGUAAGAGAAAGUGCUUGUGCUACCCCCCUAAAAAGAGAAGAGUGGUAAGAGAUAUAAAAACAAGCGCGGGGUGGCUGUUUUUCGGAGUCGUCGUCGUCGUCGUGGUGGUGGUCUUAUUUUGUUUUUAACGGGAAAUUAUAGAAGUGUGGUCAUGUUUGUCCCCCCCCCCCCCCCUUUCUUUCCCCCCGUCCCCUGGGGGCGGGCGCGAGUGCGAUAGUAUUGUACGGUUCGUAGGAGCUAUUCGCAACGCCUGCCUCCCCACAUGGGAAGCAUGACGGCGAUCUAUAGUGGUAGCGAAAAUACACUGGAAAAUCGAUCAGAGGAGUGUUGGGUUUUUUAUGGUUUUGGAGAAAG